AUGGACACCGUCAAGGAAUACGUCGGAUGUAUCAAUCCUCAUUGGGUAGCUAUAGUUUCAGCGGGAAUGUACACUUAUCUCAGGCACAUAUGUAUAGUCGGUUUGUGUUUCGAAGAGGAGAAUAAUCCACCUUUUGAUCCGUCUUAUUCUUCGAUACUUUUCGUUUUCUCGGCUUUGUGCCUUGUUGCCGAGUACAGACUUUGGCCAAGGUCAUUGAAAGAACCGCCGAUACAGCUUCUUUAUAUUUACGAGAUGUUGGUGGCUGCCUUGGCAACAAAUCUUGUAACUCGAGCUAUCUGGCUACCAUUGAUGCAUGUAAUAUAUUGCUUAACUCAAGAGUCGAGUAAAUGGUUAUUAUGGUUAAACACGACGAUAGGUUUGAGUCGUUAUUCGUUUGUGACGACAUUCGCUUAUUAUCUGGCCAAGGAAAAUGCGGCUACACAUAUGGCUUUUUGCUUAUCUUUAUUGUCUUUCGUAUGGAUGUUAGACGCCACCGAAUCGCUGGACACAAUUUUGGAUAUCUGGGCCAAGUAGUAAAAUAAAAACAAAAUAGUAAGAAAUGCGGAAAAUUAAUAAGACUCGUCCAAUCCUCGUUAAAUCAUUAAAGUCUCGUCGCGAUCUUCCAUUUGCAAUCGAUCGAUUCCUUUCGUUUUUUUGCCUUUCAAACAAGUAUUUGUAAAUGAGACUUUAUUCGUUUAUUUCUUUUCACAAUUAUUUUAAAGAAAGAAAACAUAUAUUCUUUUGUAUAAAAUGGGCAACAUUUUUCGAUGCAAUCUUAAAUAUCUGUGCAUUAACUCAUCAGACGAGUAAAGGGUUAAUCGAAUUACUUUUGUUCAGGAUCGAAGAAACAUUUAAGGAAUCUUUGGAAUCUCACGAGCGUCUCGAGAAAAGGAUCUCUUUUCGAAAUCCCGAAGUGACGGAUUGUUUUACUUACAGACUCGCGACUAAAUCUGAUCCAUGAAAAAUCAGAGAUGUUAUUAAAUCAAUGUUAUUCGUUGUCAAUGUAUAUCGUCCUGUUUCAUGUAUGUGUCUCAUAAAUAUGUGAUACCGUUGUCCUAUUGAUAAAAAAUAAAACAUUUCAAAAGAGAAAACAAAAUUUCAGUUAUAUCCUUUUAUUCGUACAAUUACGAUUAGUGACACAAUAUUUUAUAAUUUUCGAAGUUAAAGGAGGAACACGGUUUAUGACGAUAGGUACUUUCAAGAAUCAGAACCAUACUUUAACCACAUCUCGACAUUGCUAAAGUGCCUAAGUCGAGGCAAUGUUCCCUUUAGUAUCGGAAUCUUAUACAUAAUUCAUCGCAUUUCCCGAUAGCUUUUCCCUAGAGUGGCCG